AUGGAAGAUUUAUCGUUUAAUUUAAAUGGUUUACCAGAUGAAAUUCUUAUUAUUAUCUUAAAAAAAUUGCAUAAUGUCGAAGUACUCUAUUCUUUAAUAGGUGUUAAUAAACGACUCAAUACAAUUGCACAGGAUUCAAUUUUUACGAGCCAUUUAACAUUAACAAAUUACUUGAAUGAUUUCACCUAUUCAUUCACUGAUCCAAUGCUUGAUCAAUUUUGUUUAGAAAUUUUACCUUCGAUUCAUCAUAAAAUCAAAUGGCUUUAUCUUGAAUCAACAUCUAUGGAACGUAUUCUUCUUGCGACAAAUUAUCCUGAUUUAUAUGGACUCAGUUUAUAUGAUAUUGAUGUAGAAAAAGCUAUAACUCUCUUUAAUGACGACAUUGCUUUUACUCAUGUAAACAAAAAUCAAAUAUCAUCACUUGUUAUCGAUAUUAGUAAAGAUAAAAACUACAUUUCAAGACAAGACAUCACUAAUACUAUAUUUACAAAUAUUUUUACUAUGUUCACCAAUUUACAAUAUUUAAAUUUCAGUCCAACUUUAAUAUGGCAUCAACGAUUAUCAUUUGACAUGGUAUCUCCAAAUGUUCUUUCUUCAAAUCUGUUAGAAUUACAUGUUUCUGUGAUCUAUUUCACUGAUUUGCUUUAUUUACUUAAUGAAUGUUUCAAUCAACUUCGUAUACUUUAUGUUAAUGUUCAUCGAAUUAUUGGCAGAAGUCCAACAAUCCAUAGUGAGGAAAAAUUACCCAAUCUUAGAUGUUUUUCGCUAUAUUCUGAUAUGCGAGUACAUUUUUAUGAUGAAUUAAUUGUACCGCUUCUAAAUCGAAUGUUAAAUUUAGAAGAACUCGAUUUACAUCUUAGAGUCGACCGUUAUAAAGGAUUUAUUGAUGGAAAUGAUUUAAAAGAAAAUAUUAUCAAUUAUAUGCCAAGAUUAAAUAAAUUUACAUUUAAUAUUUGUUUAUUCAAUCGUACUUCUAAUCAAAUUAAUUUACGUUCAAAUGAAGAUAUUCAACGUACAUUUAAAGAUUUUAAAAAUAAUCAAAUUAUUUCUUGUGUUGACUAUUUCCAAGAAAAAAAAUAUAGUUAUUGUCAUAUUUAUUCAUAUCCAUAUAGAAUGAAAUAUUAUGAUAAUAUUACAAAUAACUUUCCAGGUGGAUUAUUUAAAUAUGUUCAUAAAGUAUCAUUAUAUGAUGAACAUCCAUUUGAACAUGAAUUUUUUCUUCAAAUUGCUCAAUCAUUUCCAUUUAUGAAAGAAUUAACUGUAAAUAAUUGUAAACCACAGAAGAACAAAUUAUAUAAUGAUAAUAAAGAUUUUUCAAUAAUUGAAUAUCCUUAUCUUACUUCUCUUAGUCUGAUUGAAGUUCAUGAUGAUUAUAUCGAACAAUUUUUACUGGAUAUGAAAAUUGUUCCAUACAGAGCAUUAUCAUCAACAUUACUUUUCAUUGAACAAACAUCAGCACGUUUAGAAAUAAUUCGCGUAUUAUCAAAUUCUUUUCGAUCAGUUCUUAGUUUAUCAUCAAAUGAUUUAGUACAUUGUGUUUAUUUAUGUGUAAAUAAAGUUGCACCAGAAUAUGAUGGAAUUGAAUUAGGUAUUGGUGAAACAAUAAUAAUAAAAGCAAUUGCUGAUAGUACAGGACGUACAGUUGAACAAUUAAAAUUAGAUUAUAAAUCAAAAGGAGAUUUAGGUCUUGUUGCUGAAGCAUCUCGUUCAACCCAACGAACUAUGUUUAAACCAAAACCAUUAACCGUUUCAUUUGUUUAUAAAAAAUUAAAAGAAAUUGCACAAUUAACUUGGAAAUAA